AUGUCACGAGUGAGUAGUAUUCCAAUGGCAUUACAGGGAGAUGGAAAUACAUUUAAUGAUGACGUCUCCACAUUAUCUGAUGAUGAGGUGGCCGUGUUGUAUUGCUUCCUUUGUUCUGAUUCCGGUCCUCCUGAUUUCACAGACAAAGAAUGGCUGGACAUACUGAAUGAGAUACUGCGGAUAGUAAGCGAUAAAAAAGACCCCGUGACAAGCGAGGAGGCACAUAUUGUUCUGAACGGACUAGAGUCACGUGAUUUUGUUUGGGAAGAUCAGAACAAGAUAACAGAGGACGUAAAGGAUGAGAUAAUGUUCAAGUUAGCUUUAAUAGACCCUUCUUUACCUUUCUACUACAGUAGUUAUGAAACAUCCAGGAAGUACCUGAGGUCAGAAGGAUACAGAAGAAAACCCAGAGAGAAGUGUGUUGUUUGUGGGAUCGAUAUGUUAAGUAACUAUAUUGAUUACUUACUUAUAUCCCGUUUACAAAUGAACACACUAACUCACGUCACAAUUGAGGACGGGGAUAUCCUUGAUGGAUUGUAUUGGAUACUUAAUGUACCAAAGGCGAUAUCAAGACAGAAGCAGAGUAAAAGAAAACAGUUCUUACGCAAUCUUGAACACAAAGGGGAGAGUGCACAUUGCAGCGGUAGAUCAGGUGACUCUGUGCCACACGUGAAAUGGUUAUGGAAUCAAAGGAGACCUGACAUUGUUAGAUCAUGUAUAGGUCUCUACCCUCACUGGGAUGUUUACAUCAUAAAUAACAAAGCUUACAAAAAACCAAGUAAAUAUCAUAAAUUGGAUUCUGACGUCAGAAGUCUACUGUACUGCUUGCUUUUUCUUGAUGAGUGCAUGAUGAAUGUCAACGAAGAUAACUACAAACCUACGCUUAACAAAAUACGAGAAAUAUACUUUAAGGCAGGACCCUUCUGUAAUGACAUUAGUACAAUAGACCUUCCUAAAGAAAUCAUGAAAAGGACAGAAAAUAAGUUAAUGUUUUCAUCAAAAAAUAUCCAGCAUAACGUCACUGGGUGA